UUUGUGAACACUGGGUCUGAGCUUUAAAUCCCUGGAGCGCAUUAGGAGGAGGAGGAGGAGGAGGAAGCAGCAGCCGCCGCACCUCCGACCAGCGCACAGCUCAUUAUUUAUAUUAUUUAUUAUUUAUUAUUAAUAUUUACUGAAUUCUGUAUUCACAAAAACUCGACUGGAACAGAAUAACGCGCACAUUUCUCCUGUAAAUCGAGCCCCAAACAGCGGUCUCGUUCCGGGGUUAGUGGACUCCCUGCUCGGGCUAAGCGUGAAUCAUCUUUAGCCUAGCUUCACGGUUAGACCCGGGGAUGGCUGGAGGCCUGAGAACCGGCCUGAAUUCAGAGCUUUUCUCUUCAGACAGCCGUCAUUAGGGUUUUAGGAUGGAGGAGAUUCUCCGAAAGCUUCAAAAAGACGCCUCCGGGAGCAGAUACAGAGGUGUUCGUGAUGGCUGCAUCGCUGCGUGUGAAACCCUGGAGGCUCAAAAUGGAUCUGUUAAGACGUCAGCUUCUAAGGUCAGGGAGAGAUGCCUCUUCCCUCUUAAGCUUGCACUCGAGUCUAAAAGCCCGAAGCUGGCCCAGACAGCGCUGCUGGGAAUGCAGAAGAUCCUGUGUGAGGAUCGCUUUGUCGCUGUGGAACCUGAAGCACCAGAGAAGAAGCUGUUAUAUCAGAUGCUGGAUGCCCUCAGCGUGACCCCCAUGCUACAUGAAGAUCUACAAGUGGAAGUCAUGAAGGUUUUGCUCUGUAUCACGUACUCCUCCAGCUUCGAGUUCAGCAGCAGUAACAUCUUGAGGAUUGCAGAGGUGUGUAUCCAAACCUACAUAUCGAGUUGCCAUCAGCGCAGCAUCAACACUGCAGUACGGGCCACGCUCAGUCAGAUCCUGGGAGACCUUACUCUUCAACUUCAUCACAGACAUGACAGCUCGGUGGCAGAUGAACGUGAGCGUACGGUUCCUACAAGCAAACGCAAAGAUUUUUCUCCCACCACAGCGGCGCUGUAUGAGGACGUGGUGACCGUCCUCACGGUAUUCUGUGAAAAACUGGAGUCUGUUUCGAGUGAGAACCAGCUGUUGCAGUUGCUGUAUCUAGAGUGCAUUUUAGCCAUGCUCACUAGCUGCCCUCCCACAAUGCACCUGAACCGCAACUUCACAGAUCUCGUCUGGAAGCAGCUGUGCCCAGUUCUGGUGGUGAUCACGGGCAACCCUGUGAACGACAAAUCCAUCACCUCUGCUCAUGGAGCUCCAUCCCAAGAGUUGGAUGCUGCACUGGGGUCAGGAGUUAGCGAUCAAGGCCGGGGUUCUGGCUGUUCCUCUUGUGCUCCUGCCAUGAUCGGACCCGUAAUCCGCACCAUCUGCUACAUCGCAGCUGAGCUUGUGCGGCUAGUGAGCUGUGUAGAAUCCAUGAAGCCUGUGCUGCAGUCUCUGUACCACCGCAUUCUGCUUUACCCGCCUCCACAGCACAGACUGGAGGCUAUUAAGAUCAUGAAGGAGAUCCUCGGAAGCCCGCAGCGCUUGUUUGAUCUGGCUGGCCCAUGUGUGAUCGAGCCUGAGACCAGGAAGAGAUCCUUCUCGAAGAGGAAAUCACAUCUUGACCUGCUUAAGCUGGUGAUGGACGGCAUGACGGAAGCCUGUGUGAAAGGUGGCAUUGAGGCGUGCUAUUCUUCUGUUUCCUGUGCUUGCAAUUUAUUGGCUUCCUUGGACGAGCUCAGGCAGGGGCGUGGCCUGCACCCGGAUCAGGUACAACUUUUGUUGCGUCGAUUGGACGACUUGAAAGAAGGUGCAGAGUUAUCGAGGGAAUCGGUGGAGCUCAACGAGGCUGAUUUCCGAUGGCAACGGCACAUUCUGUCCUCCGAAAAUGGCGCCUGGGAGACCGGCGUUGUUAAACGCAGCCCAGAUAUCAGCAUCAGUGUCACCGCCGACACUGGUCAGGUGACGCUGGAGGGACAUUUGGCGCGGACCACCCCGGGGGAGUGCGGAGACAACACGCGAUUGCCUUCACCCUCCUCUUGCGGCGGUGCUGCAGGGGAAAGCGGCGCCCCUCCAGAUGUAGUUCAGCGCAGCCAUGCCCUGGCCUACCCAGACCUCACCAACUUCCUGUCAGUGGAGACCCGCAUGGUCUCACACGGCUCACGCUACAGCGAGAGCAAUUUCAGCAUGGACGAGCAAGAGCUCUCGCGCACCGAAUUCGACUCGUGCGAUCAGUUCUCCACAGCUGCCGAGAAGGACUCGGGACGCUCUGAUGUUUCGGACGUUGGUUCUGACAAUGGCUCGUUGGCAGACGAUGAACAGACGCUGCGCCAUGUUUCUGCUCAAUGUUCACUGCGCACUGCUGCACUUUCUCUCAAGUUGCUGAAGAACCAGGAAGCGGACCAGCAGAGUGCCCGGCUCUUUGUUCAGUCUCUGGUAGCAUUGCUGCCACACCUUCUAUCCCAGCACAGCUCUACUGAUGUGGACGUGGUCCUACAAAACUUUUCUUCAACCUUUUGCUCAGGCUUGCAAGUGGGUGGGAUUCAUUCUCCUGGCUUUAAAGGCAGUGAGAAUCUGAGCUGUCAGGCUCUGAUGAACGCUGAUGGAUUGUAUUUGGUGUCGUACUAUGCCUUGCUCCUCAACCUGAAGCUGAGCACCUGUGGCUACUACCAAAGGAAACCUGCUGCUCCUGUUGUCACUCUGAAAGAUUUUGUGCAUCAGAUCCAGAGCAGUGGUGUUCUUGUGGUGCUCUCUCAAGCCUGGAUCGAGGAACUGUACCACCAAGUGCUGGAGAGGAACCUGCUCGGGGAGGCUGGAUACUGGGAGUCCACUGAGGAGCACUCACUUCCUCUUAUCACCAUGCUGACAGAUAUUGAUGGACUUGGCAGCAGUGCUAUAGGAGGUCAGCUGAUCAGAAGAGCGUCCUCACAGUCGUCUUUUACGGGUGAUAAAAAGACAAUAGCGCCGUGUAUAGUGUUUGCACGGUACAUCCUGAUUGGCUGCUGGAAGAAUUUGAUCGACACUCUGUCUACUCCUCUAACGGGGCGCAUGGCGGGCAGCUCGCGGGCUCUGGCCUUCAUCCUGGGUGCAGAAGGGGUUAAAGUGCAGAACCAGAUGGAGAGAGAAACCAUCUGCCUCAGUCUUGAUGGCCUACGCAAGGCUGCAGCACUCAGCUGUGUUCUGGGCGUGGCUGCCAACUGUGCCUCAGCUGUAGCUCAGAUGGCAGCAGCUUCCUGUGUUCCAGAAGAAAAAGUGGAGAAGGAUCAGGCUGAAGCUGGAGAUGCGAUCACUCAAGUGAAACACAGAAUGGAGCAGAAACUGGAGCAGAUGGGUCGGGGUCAGGGAGUGAAGCUGCACACUGCUCACAUGCUCUGCAUGGACGCCAUCCUCAACGUGGGUCUGGAGAUGGGCAGCCAUAAUCAUGAUUGUUGGCCGCACGUCUUCAGAGUGGUGGAGUACGUGAGCUCGCUGGAGCACAGUCACUUCAGCGAUGGGAGUUCACAGCCUGCUAUGACUAUCACCCAGACUCCGCAGGCUUCGUUGGUGGUGGGAAAUCCGGACCUGAGCGGGGAGUCUGUCUCUGAGCUGGAGCUGAGCCUCAGCCAUCCUGUCAUCCAGCCCACAUCCAUUCAGGAGCUGUUGCGUGAAAAGAGCAACACUAAAGGUUUCGACCUGCGUGGUGGAAGUCUCCUGUCAGGCAACAGUGCUGCUAAAGUGGUCUGCACACUCUCCACGCAGGCGGACAGACUGUUUGAAGAUGCAGUAAAUAAACUCAACCUGGUGGGUCUGGUGGGUUUCCUGCACCAGCUGAGGAAAGCCUCACAAUCGCAGCUUUUCAACUCGGUCACAGAAACCGGGGAUUACUCCUUAGCCAUGCCGGGAGAGGCUAAGUCAACACAGGACAAGCGCAGUGCUCUCCACCUCUUCAGACUGGGUGAGGCCAUGCUUCAUAUUGUACGGAGUAAGAGCCGGCCACUUCUGCACAUGAUGAGAGCCUGGAGUGUGGUGGCACCUCAUCUGGUUGAGGCUGCAUGCCAUAAAGAACGGCACGUAUCCCAGAAGGCCGUGUCAUUCAUCCAUGACGUGUUGUUGGAGGUGCUGAGCAGCUGGGCUGAACUUCCUCACUUCCACUUCAACGAGGCGCUUUUCCGGCCCUUUGAGCACAUCAUGCAGCUGGAGCUCUGUGACGAGGAUGUACAGGACCAGGUGAUCACAUCCAUUGGGGAGCUGGUGGAGUUGUGCUCUCCUCAGAUUCAGUCAGGCUGGAGGCCACUCUUCAGUGCUCUACGCACUGUGCAUGGAAGCAAGAACGACAUGAAGGACUAUCUGAUUGGAGAAUACUCUAUGGGCAAAUCCCACGCACCCGUCUUUGACGUAUUUGAGGCCUUUAUCAACACGGACAACAUUCAGGUUUUCGCCAAUGCAGCAACUGAUUACAUCAUGUGCCUUAUGAAGUUUGUGAAGGGCCUGGGAGAAGUGGAUUAUAAGGAGAUUGGAGAUUGUGUACAUGCGAACGGAUACAGCUCUACAGACCUGUGUCUUCCUGCUCUGGAUUAUCUAAGGAAGUGCUCACAGCUUCUUGCCAAAAUCUACAAAAUGCCUUCAAAGCCAGUGUUCCUGGGCGCACGGCUCGCCAGCCUGCCCAUGAGAGCUCAGGAGCGCUCGGUGAGCAGCGAGGAUGGUAUGGAUAGCGUUCUAGCCGAGUUCGAUGAUGACACAGGUCUGAUCCAGGUGUGGAUCCUGCUGUUGGAGCAGCUCACUGCAGCCGUAUCUAACUGCCCUCGUCAGCACCAGCCACCCACACUGGAGCUGCUGUUCGAACUCCUCCGAGAAGUCACGAAAACACCAGGCCCAGGGUUUGCCCUUUUCUCAGUCAUCCAGCUUCUUCUUCCUGUCAUGUCACUGUGGCUCCAGAGGAGUCAUGGAGAUUAUUCGUACUGGGAUAUCGCAGCUGCAAACUUCAAGCACGCCAUCGGGCUGUCGUGCGAGCUGGUGGUGGAGCACGUUCAAAGUUUUAUUCAUUCGGAUAUGGGCUACGAGAAUCUUAUAAACCUGAUGCUGAAGGACUUAUUUAAGCUGCUGGUGGCUUGUGUGGCUGAACCUGCAGAAACCAUCUCCAGAGUCGGCUGUUCCUGUAUCAGGUAUGUUCUGGUGACGGCAGGACCCGUGUUUUCCGAGGAGAUGUGGAGGCUGGCAUGCUGUGCCCUGCAAGAUGCUUUCACAGCUACACUUGAACCUGUCAAGAAUCUGCUUGCUUGUUUCCGGAGUGGUUCCGAUACGUUCACGGGGGACGCGUGUGAGGUGAAAGUAGCCGCCCCGACCCACUCAGCUUCUGCCGAGGCGGAGUACUGGAGGAUCCGGGCCAUGGCCCAGCAGGUCUUCAUGCUGGACACUCAGUGCUCUCCGAAGACUCCCAACAGUAAGGAAGGAUUUGAGCAUGCUCAGUCAUGUGUGCUCAUUAUUGAACUUCCUGCAGACCAGCAGUCCAACGGGCAUGUUCAGAAGAGGAUUCCAUUCAGAACGAUUGUGGUGAGCUUGCUGUCCCACCAGGUUCUCCUGCAGAACCUCUAUGAUAUACUGCUGGAGGAGUUUGUAAAGGGUUCCAGCAGCUCCGAGAGCCAGGAUCGCUUAACGCCCGUGUUGGAGCCUAAAGCCUCCGGUUUACGCUACAUCUCCAUGCAAAAUCUGGCCAUUAUUUUGGACCUUCUGCUCGACUCGUACCGCACGGCGCGGGACUUCGACACACGUCCCGGUCUGAAAUAUCUACUCAUGAAAGUGUCGGGGGUGUGCGGGGCCGCUAACCUGUACCGCCAAUCCGCAAUGAGCUUCAAUAUCUACUUCCAGGCUCUGUUGUGUGCCAUGCUGACUAACCAGGAGCAGAUCACUGUGGAACAGGUAAAGAAGAUCCUCAGUGAGGAAGAAGACGACGAGGGGGAAGGCAGCUCCGAUUCGUCACAAGGCUGCUCGUCCGAGGACGAGGACAUGUUCGAGGAGACGGCACGUGUGAGUCCACCACGCCGGUGGCGUACGCGCCUUCCUGCCCUGAGCAUCCAACCUGCCGGUGGUGCGGACUGGGCGUGGCUGCUCAAACGCAUGCACAAGCUCUGCAUGGACCUCUGCACCAACUACAUUCAGAUGCACAUCGACCUGGAAAGCAGUACCGAGGAACCGCUUCCCACCACCCGUCCUGACAGCAUGUUCUUUCUGCCGCUCUUCCCGUCUGAGAACUCCACCCCAUCCACAGGCGGCCAUUCGGGACGCGGGACGCCCUUAGAGGACAACCCUCGCCUUCACGUACCCCGUACGCCCUCCUCCUCCUCGGAGGACGAGGAGAGGAGGAGGAAGAAGGAGUGGUGGGAGUGCGCCAGCAACAAGCUGUACACCAUCGCCACGGACAAGACCAUCGCCAAGCUUAUGAUGGAAUACAAGAAGCGCAAGCAGCAGCAGCAGCAGCAGCAGAACCACGGCUCGAUGACGAAGAAGGCUGGAGAGAGGAUGACCCCAGAAUCGCCUGGACCACAAAGACCUCAGCAACUCCUCGAUCAGAGGACCAUGAGGCACUCUUUCAGCGCCGGACCAGAACUACUACGUCAGGACAAGAGGCCACGCUCGGGUUCCACCGCCAGCUCGCAAAACAUCAGCCUCCGAGACUCUGAGGCGCAGAUACAAGCAUGGACCAACAUGGUCCUCACCAUCCUGAACCAAAUCCAGCUGUUGCCAGACGCCACCUUCGUGGCCUUGCAGCCGGCCAUGUUCCCCUGCAUUAGUCAGCUGACGUGUCACGUGACUGACCUGCGCGUUCGCCAAGCCGUGCGAGAGUGGCUGGGACGCGUAGGACGCGUUUACGACAUUAUCCUGUGAAGGAACAUCUCACUGCUUCGACAUCUUCGUGAGCCGAUCUCAUUUAUUUUCAUUUUAGGGACUGGGAUACGGAGGUUUUUUGUUUUGUUUUGUUUUUUUGUAUGCAAACGUAUUUAUGGUUGUAUUUUGUGCUCCCGGUGUUCCGUAAACAUCUAUAAAUGCUUUGCAAGACA